UGACUGUUGCAGUGGUGCCAUUGACUCUCAUUCUAUCGCUGACUUCCGAACUUUGCCAUCCAUUGCUACGAGUAGGCCAACGAUUCUCGUAAGGCCCGAGGUGAUACGAAAGUGUUUAAAUCUGCUAUAAGAAGAACUCUGGGUGCCCGAUAGGCUUCAGCUGACAUUCUACAUUCUUGACGCAAUUCAUUCGUAGUUAGGUUCAAUCGCAUCGAUGAGGGUACUUAACCCUCGUCGUGUUCAGCCUGCUUGGUUCUUCCAUCGGUUAGCUACUUACACAUUUGGAAGUAGAACAGCCCUCAGGUUUCACUCCAAACAUUGUACUUCUACAAGGAUGGCUAGUGGUGCACACACAAACUUCUUUGCUGGUUUGCCUCUGAACCGUUUGGCCUGGCUAAGGACAUCGCAUCCCUUCCUCAAUGCGAUUGUGACAUCCUCAGAGACCCGCUGGGUGCUCUUCAAGAAUGGUAAUUUUCUCAUGGGAUCCGAUGCCGAACCCUCCAGCGAGUCGGUUAAGCCAAAGUCUCUCAUUCUUGCACGCCUCACCUCAGAAGAUGUUAAACCUCUUCUGGGGUCAGAACCAUACUUCGCUCAAGGGAAAAAUGCAGGCGAACUGGCAGAUUCUACCGUCGCCGCACUGGAGUCUGCUCGUUUACAUGGUCCUCCCAUUGCCUUCCUGGGAUUGCUCGAACCUGACACUGGAGACAGAAUUGGAAACGUCUUGCCCUCAUCCGAAUUCAGUGCAAAAGCGGAUCCUGCAUCUAUUGCUGCUCGUAUCAAAGGCUCGCCUUUCUUCGCGCUAGAUGUUACUAAGCUCGAUAAAGCUGAGGUGGACCAAGUCCUUCAUGCUUGCAGUUUAGCCAAGAGGGGGAGAAGCCUCGAAUUCAUCGAUGGUCGAGCUGCCAUGGGUCAUUUAACCCAAGUCGAUAGUGCAAUAUUUGCAGAAGCGAGGACCCUUGUGGAUUGGAACUCGCGGAUACGGUAUUGCGCAGGAUGCGGUUCACCAGUCUAUUCACAAUGGGCUGGGUGGAAACGAUCAUGUUCGUCUCUGCUGCCGUGGACGGAUAAUACUGGGAAAGAGCCAUGUCCUACAGCGACGGGUCUACACAAUAUUACGUUCCCUAGGACGGAUCCUGUGGUUAUUGCGGUUGUCGUCAGUCCGGACAAUAAUAAGAUAUUCCUAGGUCGCAACCAACGAUGGCCACCAAAGUUCUACUCUGCCUUAGCUGGUUUCGUUGAACCAGGCGAAUCGCUCGAAGAUGCGUUUGAACGUGAACUCUGGGAAGAAGCUGCAGUCAAAGUUUGGAAUAUACAGUUCCAUUCCAGCCAACCGUGGCCUUUCCCGGCGAACAUAAUGGCAGGAUUUUAUGCCAUUGCAGACCCCGAUGUACCCAUAAAACUUGACCUUGACAAUGAGCUCGAAGAUGCCAAAUGGUACACGCGAGAGGAAGUUCUGGCGGCCUUAAACAGCCAGGAGAACGAUCCAGCGUUCAAGCUUCCACCUCGGAAUGCACUUGCUGGAGUACUAAUCCGUGAUUGGGCGCAUGGCAGGGUCGUUGUGGGGGGAAAGUCGCAAAGCGAGGUUGCUCAUCACAUCGACGAAGGGGAAACAAAACCGUUCCGGAACUUCUUUUGACUGCUGUGUUAGAAAUAUGAACAUCGGAAUGCGAGAUGGUUCUAUUACAAAAGAGCUAAGACUACAGUGCACAGCGAAUAGAUCAUAUGGUAGCGAAUACAAGAUUGAGCGAAUCCAAAACGAUAGCAAGGGGAAUAACAAGGUCAUGACAUCUCUUCGUCAGAAUCGGAGAUGUACUCUUUGCUUUUGCUAUGAGUGUAUAGAUUAGCUUCAUUUGCUGGACGAUGCAAAAUUCAGAACACCACUCACAACUGCUUUUUCCGAGGAGCGCUGACCUCGGCUUCGUCAUCAUCUCGGACGACCCUCUUUUUCUGACGCUAUAGACUUCAUAAGCACAAUAGACCAAGAAACUAAUGGGGCAAGACAAACCUUCCGAGAUGGCUUAUCAGCAGCCUCCUCUUCCCCGCUGAACAGCGCUUCUUCCUCAUCGUUUUCGGCACCUUUCUUGAGCUUUCCUCGUCGCUUCUUUUUAGGCUCCCCAUUGGCUUCAUCACCACUACCAGUUGGUUCCGCUCGAGGCCGCCGAGUACCUUUCUUGGCUUUUCGUUCUCGCUCUUCAUCACUCUCUGCUUGGAACUCUCGCGUCCACUCCUGCGCCUGUUCGCGUUGAAUGCGACGUUGCUCUUUCAACGCUUCCUCCCGACGCCGAAUCUCCUCCAUCCGCUCACGCUGUAUGUAAUAAAUAAGCAACCAUGUGAAGUACAGCACACUCAUACAACAUACCUCAAGCGCCUCCUGCUUCUCUUUCUCCGCUUGCCUCUUCUGGCGUGCAGCUUCGACCUUGGCUUGAACUUCUGCCUCAUAUUGCCGCUGACUUGCAAGAUGCUCGUCGCAUCUUCGCAGCACACCAUCUCCGUACUUACGUCGCUGAUCGGCGAUAUCGCGGCUGUAAGGGAGCACUUGUGCCUUGUCUGCGGCUAAAGAAGCAAAGAGCCUACAGAGCAUAGCUCGUUAAUAUGGGUGACAAAGACGAAAGGCAGUGGGCUGAAGCUCACUUUUGAGCAUUGGCAGCUUGUUCGGUAGCCUUCUGCAAGUCCUUCAGAGAUCGCUUAGCGGGUGGUAAUGCUAUAAGCAUCUCAGCGGCCUUCUGCUGAAUCAUGGCAAUGUUAUACAAGAUGACUUU